AUGCCCGAGGAGGGUGUCGUCCAGUUCGCGCCAGCGGUGAGCAUCAGACUGAACGCUAACGGCGACACCGAGGCGGAAAGAGCAAAACCGAGAUGGACUUCGGCACUUCGGGAGGUGGGCAUCGAGGGCCUUGUCCGCGCCUCCUUCGACGCCCUGGUCUCCGCCGAGGGCAGCUGCGCCAUGGUCGCGGAAAGGCGGUUUCCAAAGAAGCCCAUCACCAAGAUGGCCUGCGCCCCACCCUUCUGCAUCAUGGUGGUGCUGCAGAUGCUGGCAGAAGUGGAGCUGACUGGCAUCGUCACCGGCGCUGCCCAGGUGGGGGCCAGCAUGGACUUCCAAAUCUCCGGGUCCGUGCUGGUGAACACCAAGGGCCACUCCGACGUCGACUUCCAGACGCCAUCCAUCAAGCACCAGGAAGGUUUCGGCUUGGCAGCAUCUGCCUACGGCAGCGCUCGCGUCGGUAUGGGCCCGGUGCUCACGGUUUGGCCAAUGCCCGGCGUGCCCGUCGUCGUCAACCCGAUGUUCAACGCUGAGGUCCGGGCCCAGGGGACCCUGCGGUUCUCCUCUGGACUGGUUCUGGCGGAGACCAAGACACAGGUGACCAGGACCAGCUUUGCUUCAAACGCAAGCCGAGCGAACCACCUCGAGAUGUGCGGAGCAGCGGCCCUCAACAUGUAUGCAGAUGUUGACGUCCAAGGCUUCGCGCUGCCCAAGGCCUUCACCGCAAGCUUGGGCACCGGCUGGAUCAAGGAGAAGAUCACGGAGUCGAUUCUGAGUGGAGCGAGGGCCCUUGCGCAGCUCAUGACCGGGCCAGCAGCGUGUAUCCCAGGCGUCAGCACCGCUGCUUGGCUUGAUCCAAGGGGGUGUGGGUCCCUCCCAGGAGCGAUCACGGGGCUGGUUCCAGACUUGAACCUGGACUUCUCCACGCCCUCCAUGCAGCUGCUGGCCCCGGCGAAGCUGUACUGCAAGGAGGUCUACCGGACGCCAGGCUUUGACUCUGCCUCCUGCGCCACGGAGCUGGGCUGCAAGUUCGCCGGGAGACCGCCCACGCCGUUGGUGGCCGUCCUCCCGGCGUCGCAAGUCAAGGAGCAGGACUUCAACGCCUGGGCCAGACCCAUCGGUCCCCCGCGGGGGAUCAGCUUCGGCUUUCAGUACAUCCAGAUUGGGAAGUUCCGCGUGGGCGCCGUAGAUGACGAUCAUCUCUCGAUCUCGCACGUUGGGGGCUGGACCGAACAGAUCUUCCGAAGCGAUGGUACGCUGCACGCAGGGGUCCACAAGACCUGGCACACCUUCGACCGCCCGGAGUCCGCACCGACGGCCAUCAACGUGGGCGACCGUUUCCUUCAGCUCGGCAAGUUCCGCUUGGGGGACGCGGACGGCAACCACUUCCUGGUCACUCACGAGAGUGGACUGACGAUCCAGAUCUACCGGUCUGAUGGCACGACGCACCCAGGCCCCGACACCUACUGGACCAGCCGGAUCUCUACACGAAGACCUGCAUCUUGGACAUGCAAGGACAUUGCAGAGAUGGCGUAUGGAACCUGCAGCGAAAAAUGGGCAGCCUUUGGCGAUCGUUUCAUCCAGCUGGGCGACUGGCGCCUGGCCGCGAUCGAUGCAAAUCACUUCUCCAUCUCGCACAAGGAUGGCCAGACUCCGCAGAUCUGGCGCAACGACGGCACCGUGCACCCUGGGCCACGAACGGACUACAACGCCUGGGGCCGACCGCUAGGCUUCCCCUCCGGGAUCGCUUUCGGGCCGGGCUUCAUCCAGAUUGGCCAGUUCCGGCUGGGCCAAAUCGAUGCGGACCACCUCAGCAUUGCGCACAAGGACAGCACUGCCCAGAUCUUCCGCAGCGACGGCACCUUGCAUAAUGGGCCCCGCACAGACUACACAGCCUGGACCCGCAGCACCGGCCCCCCGAGCGGCAUCACGUUCGGAGAUCGAUUCCUCCAGCUGGGUAGGUUCCGCUUGGGCGACGCCGGUGCUGCGCAUUUCAUCGUGACCCACGAUGGCGGACAGACCAUCCAGAAGUACGCGUCUAUCGGCACGCAGCACCCUGGCCCGCGAACCGACUGGACCCCUGCCCUGAACAACCGCUAUCCGCAGUGGCACUGCGGAUCUGUGCAGACAGUGCUCGGCACCUGCACUGGGAUCGCUACUGGUGAUGACUUCCUGCAGUUGGGUGAGUGGCGCCUGGGCGCGAUGGACGGGGGUCACUUCUCCGUGUCUCACCAGGACGGGCAGACUGCGCAGGUCUUCCGCAGCUUGCUCUGCAGCUUUUUUUUCCUUAGAGGGAAGUGGAGGUCAGAGGGUUUGGAGAGCUUAGGGCUGAGAAGCGUUAGGGCAGUUCUCCACUCGAAGGCAAGCAUGCUCGUCAUAGUGGUAUUAUUUGUGUCUGUUUCUGCAGCCCUCGGGUUUUAUCUGGGCCGUCGACGACGAGCCUGCUGGGAGAAAAACAUUGCCGGAUAUUUGCGAAAAUGCAACAGUACAGCUGCAGCCGCCUGUGCCAGAGGAGAAUUACUCGGUCGCAAGUGUAUUGCGGAACUGUUUCGGAUAGUUUGA